GGUGCCCGAGUGCCAGUCAUUCAACAUCAGCAACCGGGUCUAGGCAGCUGGCACAGUUUAUAGGACAAUUAUUUUUUGAUCCGUGAAAAUACCUCUAUCAACACUUGGUGACAUCAAAAGGGUACUCUGUAGUUGAAGUUCCAGUUCCAGCAGGCGCCCACAGGACUCCAUCGAGUCAUAUUGAUGCAAACUGGUCCGGAAGCAUCCUCCAACCCACAUUGAUACCACGUGGAGUGGAACGCAGAAUCACACCAAAGAUGGCGUCGAACGAGGAGGAGGACUCUGACUUCUUUGAGAAAGAAAGAACACGUUUGAUUGCCGAGAUUAGUAGCGGAUUUGAGCAACUUCUGACAGAACAGAACAAACUCAACCAGAAACUUGACCAAGUUAGAGGCGUGGGAGGGGAAUUUUCGUCAUUGGCAGCGUUAUGGUCUAAUUUGCACGAGUUGAUGCGACAACAAGAAUUAGAUGCUCCAGUGUUAAACAAGUCAACCUCUGGAGGCUAUCCCGGGUCAGGCAGCCAUGUAAUAGGUAGAUGAGGAUGUUAAGCUGCCAUUCUCCCAAACGCACAUAACGAGCACAAAGCGUGUAAUUAGAGUCUUGUCGGACAUCAAAACACAACGGCAACAGGCGGGAGUCAUCUUGGCGCUUCGCUCCGACCCAACUGCCUCCUCAACCGUUUCUUUUCCCUGUCA